UCUGUUUAGCAAGUUUACUUUCAAACAAUCGUGUAAUGUGAAAGGGAAAUUUUUAUAGAGUGCUAGAUAGUAUUGUUGAAAUAAGUUUUAUGCAUUUGUGUUUCACUAUUACAAACAUACGUAUAUGUAAUCCCUAAGCAAAAAUUAAUUUCACAGCUGUUAUUUGUAGACUAAAAUGUGUGAAGUUCUUGAAACAACCGAAAACUUUAGUUGUGAAAUCGAAACAGAUUUAGCAGAAACGAAUUAUGAUGAAAUUUAUAAGGCAGCUGAACCAACAUUUGAAAAUUUGCCACUAGAGAUUAUACUUAAGAUAUGUUCAUAUUUGGAAGCAGACUUUUUGAGAUGUACUCUAAGAAGAGUAUGCAAAAGGUUUAUGGAUAUUUUGGAAGAUGAAAGUCUGUGGAAACACUGGGUACACGAGCGAGUAAAAGGCUUUUUCCCUCCAUUGUGCUACUUAGAAACUUAUGAUGAGACUCAAAUCGAUUGGCCUGAAGUAUGUGUCGAAAUGGAUGUUGAGAAGAGUAAAUGGUACAAUGUGGAGAAAACAAUGAAACACCUAAUAAUCAAAGAUGUGCACUACGCUUCUGUGGACACAGUGCUGUUAAUGAAUCAAGGAAAAACAUGUAUCUCUGGUGGUAGAGAUAGAUGCAUAGCAUUGUGGGACGUAAAAGACAUAGAAUCAAAUGCAUCAAGUGAACAUGAAACUGUAUUAACAGGUCUAAAACCAACCAAACUAAAACAUGACGGCCAUGGCGGAUGGGUCUGGGACUUAGCGACCGAUGAGGAUGUUCCAAAUAUUAUAUACUCUGCAUCAUGGGAUAGUACUGUUAAGGCUUGGGAUAUUGAAACUGGUUUAGAGUGUCUGGAAACAUUCCAAUGUGGCAUGUCAGCUCUUUCAGUUGCAGCAUGUGACAAGAUAGUAAUGGUUGGCUUAUAUUCCAAAAAUAUAUUGACAUUUGACAUUAAAAGUGGACCAACUGAAAUAAGUUCAUACAAACCCCAUAGAGGACCAAUAUUGGCUUUAUCGGCUUUCAAAGAUAAAAUAGCAUCAGUCAGCGAAGACAAAACACUAGCUAUAUAUGACAGAGUAGCUGGAAAGAUAUUCAAGAAUGAUAUAAAGAUUCCUUCAGACAAAGCUUACCCAGUAUCAAUGAGUUGGAGUCCAAGUGCAAUGUAUAUCGGUGACUCAAAAGGAGUAUUGCAUUUGUUCCGCCCUGAUGACUUUACAUAUGUAACAUCUCACACUCUGUGGCCUGAGUCGUCACAUACUGAACCGGCUAAUAAGGUAGCUGGCUGUACCCAGGGUCUGGGGACUAUGAUUGUUAGUUCUGACCGAGGGGAGAUUAAGUUUUUAUACAACUGCAACCCACCACAGGAAUAUAAGAGUAUACAGACAAGCACAGUUGACAUAACACAGUUACGUUACAUGAAUGGAGUUUUAGUUGUUGGUACCUGUGACUCGGCCAUAGAAUUUUGGAUAAAUAAUGAAAGUCUAUAAUGUUUUAUAUUGAAUACAUUUAAACACUAAUUAUGGGUAUAGUGUACCAGAGCCAUGAAGUAAUCAGGAAACCGAAAAUUAUAAUAUUAUGGACUAAUAAACUUUUGACCUUAUUAUUUUUUAUUGAGAAAGAGAAGUGGAACAAAGAUAAAGUUUGUAUUGUAUGCGAAUUUUGAAGAAUGGAAGACAAUAAGUCUUUAAAAUAUAUUUGCUUUAUCUGAAUGCACUAAUUUAUGGGUUUAAGUCAUCUUGUGAUCAAAAAGGGACUGUUAAAAUAUUUUGCGAUGCUAACAGUGCUCUAUAAUCUGUAAUAUGAUGUAGUAAAUAAAUAAACCUAUUUUAAAGUCUGUCAAGAAAGUGA